AUGAGUUCUGAAACACAGCAAACUUUUGUAGAUACCUUGGAAUCAUUUAAAGAUUUAAGGACCGGUAUUUCUGGUUCACGUAUUAAAAGAUUAACUUCAUAUGCACUUGAACAUGUUAAAGAAGAAGAAACUUUAAUUCCAUUAAUAAUAAAUUAUUCCAAAACUUGUCCUCAAACCCAUAAAUUAGGUUCUUUGUAUAUAAUUGAUUCUAUCGGUAGAGCUUAUUUGGAAGAAGCAAGAGCUAGAGAUGACUAUAUUAAAGUUAAUGCCAGGAAGGGGUCUUGUGCACAUGGUUUGUAUACUUUAGGUGAGUCUAUGCAAGAAUUAUUAUCUGAUGCCUUGUCAGAUACUACUGCUGAACACAAAGAAAAGAUUAGAAGUUUGGUAGAUAUAUGGGAUAGAGCUGGCUUAUUCCAAAAAGGUGUUUUGAACGCAGUUCGAGCAAAAUUCUUUUCUAUGGAUGACAUGAAGGCUACUCCUAAUCCGUCGUCCUCUAGUAAUAAUUCCAAUAACGAUAAUGAAACCCAAAUAAAUAAAGACACUUUGCCAGAAAGUUCACAAGAAAGAGCUAAAUAUAUUAUAAAUAACUUGAAGCCUUCUGAUCAUUUCCCACGUAUUGAUGUUCCAUCUACUAUAUUUUCUCAUGAUGAACAAGAACAAUCUCAAGCUUUAAAAGAAUUACUUAAUCAAAUGCAUUAUCAAUUGGGUGAUUUGUCAACCAAAUCUGGUUUGAAUGAUGAUGCUCGUAGCAAAUCUCAAAUUCAAAAGAGAAACAUUGCCUCUCCACCUCGUGACCGUGAUACGGAACGUUCUGCUCGUCAUAUCACUACUGAAUAUGGUAGUAGACGUGAUCGUGAACGGGAAAGAUUCACAUCUAGAAGAAAUAGAUCUAGGUCACCUCCUCAACAUGGUAGAAGACGUAAUAGUCAUCAUGAUCGCCAACAACAUUCUGGAUUCCAUAAUCAACACCAAGGUAAUCAAUAUGGAGGAUAUAACGAUCAAAUUCCUACACCUCAACCACAACAGCAACAACAGCAACGUAAUAAUUUUCCAAAUAUUAACAACCACCAUUUCUAUCCGAAUGAAAUGAAUGUCCCAUCAAACUCACAUUACAGACAAAAACCAAUUUCUUUUGAUCCUACUCUGCCGCCAGAUCAUAUUAAAGUAUUAAGUCGUACAUUAUUUUUAGGUGGUGUCCCAAUGAACAUGAAAGAAUGGGAUAUUGCAAAUAUCUUAAAGCCAUAUGCUGAAGUUCAAAGUUUGAUCUUAAAUAACGUUAGAAAACAUGCAUUUGUGAAAGUGUAUUCCAGACGUGAAGCUGAAAAUGUAUUGAUGAAUUUUAAUAAAGAUGGUUCCCAGCCAUUAAGAACUCGUUGGGGUGUCGGUUUUGGACCAAGAGAUUGUUGUGACUAUCAACAUGGUUAUAGUAUCAUUCCAAUGUCAAGAUUAACUGAUGUUGAUAGAAAGUGGUCUGUGGGUGCACAAUGGGGUGGUACUAGUGGGCAACCACUUCAGCCAGGUAUGGUUUUCGAAGAACCAGAUAUCAUUGUCGGUGAAGGUGUUUCUUCAAAGGCUAUUUCACAGAAAAUGCCAACUGAUUCAGGUAGAAACGGUCCAAAAUCUGGCAAAGGUUCUCAAAAUGAGCCAAUGAUGUCAGGUUAUAACGGAGAAGAUAUGUAUGGUCAUCCACAACAACAAGUGCAACCUCAACAGUAUGAAUAUGGUAACCAACAAAUGGGUUAUAAUCAACCACCUCUACCGCAAUCUAACAACCAACAAUAUCCACAAUAUCCACCGCAACAGAUACCUCCUCAAAAUAAUUUUGAUCCCACUGCUCAUUUGAAUUCUUUGAUGAAUAUGCUAAAUCAACAACAGCCCCAAUAA